AUGUUCUCUUUGAUAUUCGCUUUGUCCUGUUUGCGUCUAGGGUGGUGUCUUUACGAGGAAGAAGUUCAGAUAAACAGAUUAAAGUCGGAUCUGGUGAAUUCGGCAUUAAUAUUCAAGUUUAAUGAAGACAUCUCGAAAGACUCGGCGUUGUACCUAAAUCCGCUGUAUCAGUUGUUGUCUGAUAAUUAUGUAAGCCGUCUUGAAUUAUCUGUUUCCCAAGGAUUUUGGCGAUCGGAUUUAUUUGGACAGGCCAUCCAUCCAAAUCAAGUCAGCGGAGUUCAGAUCGUCGCUUCUUUUGAGGAUGUUGAAGAGUAAGUAGUACCCACAUUUUUCUAAAUUUUAGGUCGGACUCCUAUUGGCGGAGAUUGGUCUCCCAACUUAAUGGGAUGUUGUGUACUGCCGUCCUUUCCGUUGGAGAAACGUUAUAUGCAAAACCAAUAUUGCCAUCAGUUUACUAUGGAAAUAAUACGAAGUUGUACUACGGAGCUUUUACUGGAGACCGAAUUUGCACUGAAAACAUUGACUCAUUCAAGAAGUUAUUGCCAUGCCAAAACGUGAGAUUGUUUUAUACAAUAAAUAUUUUAUUUUUUAGACGGGAUUCACUCGAUUAUUGGGAUCCCCUAAAUAUCUAUAUGAAACAAAGUUCACUUCUGCCUCUAUAAUUGUAAACCGGCAGGAUAAGCAAUGGUCAGGAGAUGUCAGAUUCUCAUUCUUGAAGUCCAUUGCCUCAAAAAACAUAAAAUUCAGCAAUAUAUUUGGAUCUACAUUGACAACAACCUGUUACUUUUCUGAUACAAGCCGAAUAACCAUUGAUGGUGACAGUAAACUCAUAUCGAAUUUUGAUGUAAACGCGACAAAUAGGGACUGGAAAGUAGAAUUAGCUGGAUCUAAGUAUUCAGAGGAGCCAUCGUUGCGGUUAUAUGGCUUUACCCGUUUUAAAGGUCUGUUAACAGGCCGUUUCGUCGCAACUUUGAAAAGUAAUGAUGUCCAUGGUGUUCUCUACACUCAUCUGAUUCCAUGGGAGAUCAGUGUUUGGUUCAGUACAAUUACAGUUACUUGUGAUGGAAAAGUCAGUUAACAAUACGCUAAUAACGUGUUUUAGGACGUAGAAUCUGUUAUUCGACCUACUCCUGCGUUUCCGAGGAAGUCGCCGACCUUGAUUGAGAUCAAAUUCGUAAUUUCUUCAGGAUCUAUUUGCCAAGUCUCAUAUGAGUUCGAGAAGAGUUUUCUUUACAUGAAUGAGUAUCCCCCAGAUGCAAAUCAUGGAAUCACGGUUCCUGGAGCGAUUGUGACCUUACUUUCGAGCCCGGAGACCAAGUAUUAUUCAGAGCCCACAGUUAUUACACUUCCUUCUCCUGAUGUCACCAUGCCUUACAACGUGGUCUGUUUCAUUGGCACGAUGGGUGCACUUAUCUUCCAAAUCAUCUUCACCUUCACUACGCAAUAGUAAGUACAAUGUUUAACGGGUAAACUUUUUAGUCAAACGAUAAUCAAACCGGGUCCCUCCAAACCAAAGAAGCUGGUUAUUAAUAUUAAAGAGAAGAUAAGUAGGCUUCUCAAACAUUAA